AUGAAAACUCGUGGUUGGAUCUGGAGGAAAACACUGCCUUCUGGAAAGGAUAAGCAGAGGGAUGGAACGUUACAAGCUGCAAAAUGGAACGCUUCUCUAGCAUCUAAAAUGAAAACGAAAUUGAUAAAUAAUUCACCUAUGUUCAAAGCAUCUUUAACACAAAAUAAUAAAGCAUUAGCUGUGGCUUUGAGUGUGGUGAAAGAAAAUUCUCAGAAGCUAAAGAAGGAGAAGAUUUUUCUUCAGAAGGAAGUAGAAAAGCUGCAGCUUCAUAAUAUCUUGCUUCGUCAAAAACUAAGCUGUUUGAAUAAAACUCUUAUUGAAGUAGAAGCAUUUUUGAAUGAUAACCUCUUAAGUGCAAUAGAAAUAAGCAGUCUUUGUGAGAAUCUUCAGAGGAGUUCUCUUCCUCUGUCAGCUGGUCCAAGUAGCCUUACUGAUGACUGGUUCAAGGGUACACGUCAGUCUGCUAGAUCUGUAGAAUUGCCAGUGAAGGUUCCUUUAAUUUCAAUAGCUAAUGCAAACAGCCCUUCUGUAUGUGAAAUACGAAAUGCUUAUAAAUGUACCACUAUUUUGUCAAAGGAAAUGCAUUCAGAUCAAGUCAAGUUUGCAUUAUCAUUGCCUUCUGGUACAAAUAAUCCAAACUUAUUUGAAACAGACCUGGUGGACACAACCAUUGACAAAAAUAUGUUUUUAAAAGAAAAUCAAUUACGCACAGAAUUGACUUGCAAUAGUGCCUUCCUGACUCAUGUCAAAAAUAAACAAUCUUUAAGACAGUCUGAGGAGCGUACAAAACAAUAUAAUGAUAAUUCAUUGCCAUUCUGUGGAAGUGUGACUGAAAGGAAGACACAUGCAGUACUUCAUAAGUCAAAAGCUCAACCUAAUAUAAAGGAUUUUGAUAAAAAGUGUAGCUCAAAUAAUCUGCCUCAUCAUGAUAACAACAGCAGCAGCAACACCAAUGACAUGAAUUUGCAGGAAAGUUCGGGUGACUUGUCUCGCAUUAUUCCUUCACCUCUUAAAUUUAGCAAUGGAAAUAAGACAGAUUUUAAGAAGCAGUUUGUUACUGACAAGGUGAAGCCCGAGGAAACUGUUUACGAUGCUGAUAUGGAGUUGACCGCCAGUGAUGCGGGUGAACUACUCACAGUUACAAUGAAAGACAAAGAUACAUUACACCAAAAUAAAAGCAGUAAUGUCAACUCUGAUAAAAUAUCAGCGAAUCUCAGAAAAGUACAACAUUCUAAGAAGGAUAAAGAGAAAAUUAAAAGCAAGACUAAAGUCAGUUCAAAUGUAGUGAAACAGAGUUUGCUAAAUACCAGCAAAUAUUAUCAAGCACAAAAUUGUCCAAGUAAAGCUGAAGAUACUAGGGGCAUAUACCAGGUUAACUUAAUGACUCCAAGAAAUCAGGAGACAAAUAAAGAAACUUCCUCAGAAACAUCUGAAGACAUGGAAAGCAAAAUACAAAAAGCAGGCUCAAACUCAUCUAUUAACAAGAUCCCACCAGAAUUUUCUUGUGCUGAAAAUUUACCAUUCCAAGACAACACUUCUAAUGUAUUGUCUUUACAGUUGGACUUUCUGCAUACAAAUGAGAAACACAGGAAACUAAAAAUAAACAGGAAAACUUUUCAAAACCCUUCUAAAAUGUACACAGCAAAAUACUGUAGAGAGGAAAAUGGGCAGUAUGGAGAACAUAUUUCAAAAAAGUCUCAAACAGAGAUAUGCCGAUAUGACAGCAAGAGAAAACAAGACCGGAAGAAUAUUACAAAGAGAAAAUACAACAAAAAAAGUAGUUACAGACAAAGUGGAGAAACUGAAAGGGACAGCAUUCAUAAAAUUACUCAGAAAGUAGACCAAAAGAGUAGCCGGUUUUCGCCAGGCAGAUUAAAACGUACAUUGGCAAAGGCCAGCCGGAAAGCAUAUAUAAUACCAAAAGAAAAUCCUAUACAAUCCUCGCUUUGUAAAAAUGAAGAAUUAAAAAAUAAGGAUGCGUUGGUCACAGAGGCUGUUUGUGGAACUAAAGUAAUUGAAACUCACCAAAUGCCAGUAGCUUUAGUUACUCAGAAUAUGGCACAAGCUAAAGAACAAGUUGAUGACGAUGCUAAUACGUUAAAGAAAGUAGAUUCCUCAUCAGUGGCACAUAAAAGCCCUCCCAUUAGUAAUUCUCCUGAUAAUCAGGCAAAGCGCAAACAGAGGUUUAGUUCUGAUGUUACUGAGACCAGACCAGAAAAAAAUUAUUUUAUGCAUAUGGAUCAGGGCGGACAGAAUAUUUUGGAUGACCAGGAAGUCCCUCAUGAGAUAGAUUCCUUUACGAGCAAGUUAAAGCCUACAGUUCAAAAACUGGAAUUUUAAAAAUUCUUACCUGUCGAAUAUUCUAAGAAUAUGCCAUUAAAUGUAGGUAGCUUUUACCAGGAAGGUCUUUCCAAUGUAGAGCUCCCAGCUCUUGAUAACCACAAUGCUUCCAUGAACUUCUCUAUACUGGAAAACUCUGAAAUUUGUGGGGAAAACCACGAUAAUAAAGCACUGGAUGCUGAAAAAGCAGAACAAAAACCGGAUCAUAUUUCUAAAGAGACUUACAAAGAGACUCUGACACCUUGUCAUGGGAGAAAGGCUUUGCAAGAUGUGACAAAUGUUAGUAUGCGGUUUCACACUGCCUUACCUAAAUUCUCCCAAAGUUUAGAGGAAAACUCGGUGUCUAGGCGAGGAAGAGCCACUACUUGCUACAAAGAACCCAAUCUACGCAGCAAAUUAAGGCGUGGGGAUCGGUUUACAGAUACACAAUUUCUGGACUCCCCAGUCUAUAAAGUAAAAAAUAAAAGAAGUUUUAAAAGUAAAUCAAAAUUUAUUUGA